CAACUGAAGUGGCAGAGAUCUACGUGACGAUGGCUCCCAAGGUAACAGCCAUGGCGGCCACUAGACCUCUCUACUCAGUGUCUUGCUUAUUCCUCUCCUUCUCUGUCAUCUUCGUCCUCUCUCUCCUCUUCUUCAUUUCCACUUCCAUCAAAUCCGGCCCGAAUCCGAAGAUCUUCCAUGAAAACGGCAUCAAUGUAUAUGUUGCAGAACUUCCGAGAUCCCUGAAUUAUGGUCUUCUGGAGAAGUAUUGGUCAUCUAAUCCAGAUUCUCGCAUACCCAGCGACCCGGACCACCCGACCAGAAAAACCCAUUUGCCCAAGUCCAAGAAGUACCCACCUUACGCGGAGAAUCCGCUGAUCAAGCAAUAUAGCGCCGAGUACUGGAUUUUGGGCGACCUCGAGACUCCGAUUGUGAAACGAACUGGGUCUUUUGCGAAGAGGGUUUUGAGGGAAUUCGAAGCCGAUGUGAUUUUCGUGCCUUUCUUCGCGACGCUAAGCGCGGAGAUGGAGCUGGGAAACGGGAAAGGUUCCUUCAGGAAGAAGGCCGGGAACGAGGAUUACCAACGGCAGAGACAAGUGCUUGAUUUUGUGAAGAACACUGAAGCGUGGAAGCGCUCCGGUGGCCGGGAUCACGUUUUUGUGCUUACCGACCCUGUGGCAAUGUGGCACGUUCGUGAUGAGAUAGCACCAGCCAUUCUCCUUGUGGUGGAUUUCGGGGGGUGGUAUAGGCAAGAUUCUAAAUCAUCCAAUGGUAGCUCCCCUGAGAGGAUAGAGCACACACAAGUUUCUCUAAUCAAAGAUGUGAUAGUUCCUUACACUCAUCUCUUGCCCAGACUAGACUUGUCUGAAAACCAGAGACGCCUCAACCUUCUUUAUUUCAAGGGAGCCAAGCACAGGCAUCGGGGUGGUUUGGUUAGAGAAAAAUUAUGGGACUUAUUGGUCAAUGAACCGAGAGUUAUCAUGGAAGAAGGGUUUCCCAACGCAACUGGAAGAGAACAAUCAAUCAAAGGAAUGAGGAACUCCGAAUUCUGCUUGCACCCAGCAGGAGACACCCCCACUUCUUGCAGGCUAUUCGACGCCGUUCAAAGCCUAUGCAUCCCCGUGAUUGUCAGCGACAACGUCGAGCUUCCUUUCGAAGGGAUGAUCGACUAUUCGGAAUUCUCGGUCUUCGUCUCCAUAAGCGAAGCCUUAAAGCCUAAAUUCCUGGUUGAUCAUCUCAAGAGCUUCUCCGAAAGACAGAAGGAGACGUUCCGCCGCAGAAUGGCCAGCGUUCAACACAUUUUCAUGUACGAAAAUGGCUAUGCCGGAGGAAUCGGACCGAUACUGCCAGACGGUGCGGUGAACCAUAUAUGGAAGAAGGUUAACCAGAAGCUUCCGAUGAUAAAGGAAGCAGUGACGAGGGACAAGCGAAAGCCAACAGGCGCAUCUGUUCCUCUACGGUGUCAGUGUAUGUGAACCUAAAUCAACUAAAGUUCUUUUGUUUUUUUUUUUCAACUUCUAAAAAAAUAUGCUUAUUUCUUGCCUUUAAAAACUUUCCUUCCACACCAAUGAAAAGAGAGUAUAC